AUGUUGGAAUCAUUGUCCACACCAUUAUGGCCAAGUUGUUUUCAACUACUCAAGAGCCAAAUAUAUCAUAAAUCUAAGGGUAAGCCAAGGGGUCCUUCGCUUUUAGCUUCUUCUGGCAAAUGUUCAGAUCAACAACUGAGCAAUUUUACUCGGUUAUAUUUCAAGUCUCUAAAAAGAGAUCAAAUUGAGUCUGAUGAAAUCAUAAUUAGAAGUAUUCCAAACUGUGAGCGUUUUUCAGCGCCUAAAAAUCCCAUCGUAUUUUGCCAUGGUCUCUCAGGAUUUGACAAAUUGCUACUAAUACCAUCCAUUUCUCAGUUGACGAGAAUUCUGAGGAAUAAUAUAUCUCUCAACAACGUUGACCUGAUAGAUGAUGAUGACGACACGUAUGAACCCGCUACUAAAAGCUUACUCGAAAUUGAGUAUUGGAUUGGAAUCAAACAAGCUCUCGAAGCGAAGGGGUGCACGGUGUUGACAGCAAAAGUUUCUAGUUUUGGUAGCAUUGAGGAACGAGCUCAUGAACUCAACUCAUUUAUUGAGAAAGAAACAAGGAAACUUAGGAAAUCCGCCACUGCAGAAGAAGUUUACAAUUCCCCUGAUAGUAAUAGCAGAAAUCUAUCUGAAGAGCGAAUCAAAGUCAAUUUGAUUGCACAUUCUAUGGGAGGCUUGGAUUGUCGUUAUUUGAUAUCUAGAAUACCUAAUAAAAACUUUGAAGUGGCUAGUUUAACAACGGUUUGCACUCCUCAUAAAGGUUCUGAAAUGGCUGAUUAUGUCAUAAACUUAUUCAAAGAGAUACGUAAAGGCCUUCCGAUUGACAGCUCUGUGAAAUUGCUACCUCCUGCAUUCUAUCAGCUCACAACCUACUACAUGAAACACUUCAACGAUAUCACUCCUGAUGAUCCUAAUGUUUCUUACUUUAGUUAUGGAGCAUGUUUUAAACCAAAGUGGUUCAACGUUUUUUAUACCUCUUGGCGUAUUAUUUACAAUGCAACUCAUGGAGAGCCCAACGAUGGUAUGGUGAGCGUUAAAAGUAGUAAGUGGGGGAAGUACCUUGGAACCCUACAAAACACAGAUCAUCUGGACAUCAUCAAUUGGAAGAAUGUCUUGCAACAGGAGAUGGCCAUAAAGCUAUCGGGAUCAUCUGAAGAAGUCCAAAAAAAGUUAGAACCAAAAAUUGAUGUUGUAGCAUUUUACUUAAGCAUUGCUGAUAACUUAGCUAAACAGGGCUUUUAA